AUGGAGGGCCAAAGUUUGCCCAUACCUGGACUAGACUGUGUCUUUUAAUUCAAGCACGGAAAUCCACCUGACGCUCACCUUUUACAGGUGUCUCUAUGCCCCGCCCUUAUCCAGGUAGCCCCGCCCACCUCAGCAUCUGAUUGGCUGUUGAGUUAUCAAAUAACACACCUGGAACAGCUGCUUCUUCCAAGCUUACCUUUUGUACCUGGGAGUGGUGGAGUUUGCAGGUUGACUCUUGAGCAGCUAUGUUUGGACUUGGGGCAAGCCUCCACUUUCCAGAAGCCGGAUCCUGGUGGCGAGACCCUCCACCGUUGACCUCGGUGGAUUCUCCAUGGGACGUGGCCGAAAUCUCAGCCUGGCAGAAGCAUUUGGAAGAACAGACCACAUUGAGCCCCUUGGAAGUAGAGACAAAGGAUCUUCUGCAGAAGGAGGAGGAUCCGGAGCUUGAAGCCAUCAAAGCAAAGGUUCGGGAGAUGGAGCAGGAGGAAUGGCUCCAGGAGCUGCAAGCCAAGAGUCUCCUCCUGAGUUCGGAUUCAGGUCUUGCUUUUCACAGGAUGACCGAGGAGAAGGUGGAAGCUGACCAGCGCUCCAUCUACGUGGGGAACGUGGAUUACGGAGGAACCGCAGAACAGCUAGAGUCACAUUUCAACAACUGCGGAAAGAUCAACCGCGUGACGAUCCUUUGCGACAAGUUCUCUGGCCAUCCGAAAGGGUAUGCAUACAUUGAGUUUGCGGACAAGAGCUCAGUCAAGGUAGCCAUGGAGUUGGAUGAGAGUGUGUUCCGGGACCGUGUCAUUAAGGUCUUGCCCAAAAGGACCAACAUGCCCGGAAUCAGCACGACGGACCGUGGCGGAUCCCGGGGUCGUUUCCACGGACGGGGAGCCUUGCCACGCCGGGCCGGCUUCAACGGGGCCCAACGUGCGAGGCCACACGGAAGAGUCUACAGGGGCCGUGGAAGGCUCACUCCUUGGUACGCGCCCUACUAGAUGCAGAACUGAGAAGACUCGGGCCGUCCUUGGAAAAGAAUUGCGGAGGAAACGCAUCUGUGAAGAUGUUUCUUGUUCCUUGUGUGUCGUUUGUGUUGCCAUGGUUGUGUUGUUCUUUAAAAAAAAAAGGGCAGAGGAUCCCGGCUUUGUCUUGGAUGCAACAACGCAGAAAAGACCUUUGCAAGCGGAAUUGUUUAUGGCUGCAAAUUCUGCAGGCAAGGCUGCAAAUUCUGCGCCUAUGUAUGGCUUCAAAUUCUGCGCCUAUGUAUGGCUUCAAAUUCUGCGCCUAUGUAUGGCUGCAAAUUCUGUGCACAUGCAUGGCUGCAAAUUCUGUGUGCACAGCUGCAAAUUCUGCGGGCACGGCUGCAAAUUCUGUGCGCAUGCAUGGCUGCAAAUUCUGUGCCUAUGUAUGGCUGCAAAUUCUGUGCGCAUGCAUGGCUGCAAAUUCUGUGUGCACAGCUGCAAAUUCUGCGGGCACGGCUGCAAAUUCUGUGCACAUGCAUGGCUGCAAAUUCUGUGGGCACGGCUGCAAAUUCUGUGUGCAUGGCUGCAAUUUCUGUGUGCAUGGCUGCAAAUUCUGCGCCUAUGUAUGGCUACAAAUUCUGUGUGCAUGGCUGCAAAUUCUGCGCCUAUCUAUGGCUACAAAUUCUGUGCGCAUGGCUGCAAAUUCUGCAUGUAGGGCUGCAAAUUCUGCGCCUAUGUAUGGAUACAAAUUCUGUGUGCAUGGCUGCAAAUUCUGUGCCUAUGUAUGGCUGCAAAUUCUGCAUGUAGGGUUGCAAAUUCUGUGCACAUGCAUGGCUGCAAAUUCUGUGUGCAUGGCUGCAAAUUCUGCAUGCACGGCUGCAAAUUCUGCACUUAUGUAUGGCUACAAAUUCUGUGCCUAUGUAUGGCUACAAAUUCUGUGUGCAUGGCUGCAAAUUCUGCACGUACGCAUGGCUGCAAAUUUUGUGUGCACGACUGCAAAUUCUGUGUGCAUGGCUGCAAAUUAUGCGUGCAUGGCUGCAAAUUCUGCAUGUAGGACUGCAAAUUCUGCGCCUAUGUUUGGCUGCAAAUUCUGUGCGUAUGGAUGCAAACUUGAUCCAAAUGGCUGUGUUUUGGAGCUGUUUGCUCGGGUGCCUUUGACGGCGGAUGGAAAACUAUAGAGCCUUUAUUCUUUAACCCCUUGUGAUAUUAAGAUCUUGUUGGAACGUCCCUCUGUUUUGUCUCCUUGGCAAACCAGUCCUUGAUUCUGCCCAUUGAGGACAUGUACGAAUAGGGUGUUGUUGUUUUACCAUAUUUAAAUCACAUAAUUAUUGCUGCGUGUAUUCCUUAGAUGGAAAGCAAACCCUGGGACGCUACAGCUCUCGAAAUCUGGCUUGUAAAAUGUUCAUUUUCCAUCCAUUAUUGCCCACAAAUGAGUGUAUUAUAUGCCGUGCAUCGUAUGCUUCUCCAUGGAAGGCCAUUGCUUAUUAAUAGUCCCGGUUUCAGUCCCUGAACUCAUCUCUUUUGCUUUCCAGGGAUUUGUAGCCAAAGUCAUGAAACUGGGUUAAAUUUGCAGUGUAGAUCCGCAAGGAAGCUUUAGUCAUCCACCCUAGUCAUUAAAGCAAUAUUUUGGGGUAGGUCUUGACCAUUGUUGCUUUGGAGGAAACCAUUUUUGCAAUGCAAGUUAAUGAUGUUUGCAGCAGUUCUUGAAAACAAUACCGGGUCGUUAGGCUGAGGUUAUCGUUCAUUCCUAAUUAGAACAUAUUUUUAAAGAAAUUAUUGUGUUUUGCACAACUUUGGGAGGAGCUGUGAAGGCAAAUUAAAGAGAUCCAAUAAGUGGCAAUGGGCCAUCGAACUGGGAAAUGAAUGAUUGGUAAUAAUUUGGUUUGCUUUCACAGCUUGGGGACCUUACUUUCUUUGGACUACACAUCCCAUAAUCCCCUAGUUGGGGGAGAAAUUUGGAAACUGUAUUCCAAAAAGUAACUUUUCUCUCCUUAGCAUCCCUUACUCCUCUUUUUAAACUAAUUUAACGUAAAUAUAAUUUUUAAAUUGUUAUUGUGCUUAUCAUCGGCUAGAUCUCUGUUCGGAUCGGGGUGAAAAAAAGAGAGAUAGAAAAUAUUCUGAUUGAAAAACGAAGUUACUUUUUGCACCUUGAAAUGAAAACUUGUCAGGCCAAAAACCAGGUCUUGAAACCUGCAAAAAAGUGAAAAUAAUAAUAAUCACCUUGUCUUAGGAUCAAUUGCACGCGACAAUGUUAUUCCAGUUUGACACUUUGCAUCGUAAUGUCUUUCACGUCUCGUUCUCUUGCCGCAGCCAAGUCUAAAAGAAAUGUGUGUUGAGUUCUCCGAAUUGUCCUAGAAUUGCAGAAAUGUGAGCUGUCCAACGUUGUUUUUGCAGAUGAAAAGGCAACUUUUGGGGUCCGGGGCUGGCAAAAAGAUGCAAUGUAUUGACUAACGUCACUGUUUUUAAAAAAGUAUAGUUGCAAAGGGAAAUGUUUCCUGCAUCUGACCCCAUUGAGACGAAUUAUUUCAAAGGGGUUUUGCGGGGGAGCAUUGAAUUAAUAUCCAGGGUGGGUUGUUUUGCAUGAAAGCCUGUGAACAGAGAAGCAUGGAGUGUCUCAUGCAGCUGUUUUUGUAAGAUGUUGUCAAUAUGUUUUAAACAAAAUAAAUGAUUCUUGAAUUAAACCAAACCCACAACGAAA